GUCAGGCGCUCUAUCAUUGUAGACUCGGGAGCGUCACAACCUUAUCGGGACCGCUGUUACAGUUCUUUGGAAGCAAGUAUCAGAUGGACCAUGAGCUUUGGACAUGUCGAUUCAAGACCAGUGGUUCGCUAGACCCUUGCUUCAUAAUGAGGCUCAAUUUUUCUCCCACUUCAAUCUUUCCGUCGUGGAUUUCAAGCGCGAAACCAUUGAAACUCCCCCAGGGUAUAAAGAAUCGAAAACUCGGACACACUGUCUAUUUGGUACGACUCCUUGAUGCUGCGUCUCACAGUGGGAAACUGGAUCCGAGGGUAUUUUUUGUGAGGCGAGUUUCUGGUCACCUUAGACUCGAUGGAAAUCUCUGAACAUUUCUAUAAUUACUUCCCUAACUCCUAUAUCAGCAUGGACGAGGCUCACUUUGCUUCGCACAUUCUUGGAAAUGUGCAACCCCCAUUGGAAUCGUGAACAGCUAUGCUGGCGAAGAUUCACCCGAGUCCUUCAUUGAUGAAAUUAGCAGCUGACAGU